AAAUCAAAUUCUUUCCACAGUUGUUUUCAACAGAAUAGCUGAAUUCUUGUCUCUACUGAUUGGUUCCUAAUGAGGAGCCAUCAUAAGGCAUUGUAAAAAAGCGGUUGAGUGUCUCGAGUCAUACGACUGAACAGUUUAACAGUCUAUUUACUGCAGUUACUCUUCUUGUCUUGCUGUUGCUAUAGCAGCCAUGGUUAUCAACUCGAGGCUUGGCAUCCCUCUAUGGUUGUGUUGGAUUUUCUUUCUAGUUUCCGUCGUUCUUGAAGGUGCUGGAACAACUUGUAUGAAGGCUUCGCAAUCUUUCCAAAAGCGGUUGCCAGCUGCUUGUGCUUUUAUUUGUUACAAUCUUUGUGUUCUUACAAUGGUGAUUGCAUAUACUAGAAUUGAGAUGACUGUAGGGUAUGCGGUUUGGUGUGGUUUGGGCAUAAUCCUUACUAGCUUAGGUGGCAUCUUUUUCUUUGGGGAGAAGCUCUCAUUAGCCAAAGUAGUUGGAAUGAUUGUAACAUUGGUGGGAAUACUGAUUCUUGUGUGGUUUCAGGAAAGUAUUCCUGAAGAGAACGAGUCUACAGUCAGGUUCUCGGAGGAGCCACUCACAGAGAAGGCAUAGAGUGGCAGACUAUAUUUUCAAAUACGCUAAAACUGCACCAACGACUUUUUUGAAAAUAUUCAGUACAUAAAAGUUUUAUAUAUCUAUAUUUUUGUUUGUUCAAUGGUGAACAACUCCUUAGAAAGAAAAUAGUGUUGAAUUUGUGUUGUGGGAGUCCAUCAUGAGUGUUGUAGAGAAUCUAUUCUUGUAACCAAAAGGACCAGAAAGUUGUUGUUGAUUGG